AUUCCCAGAAAAGGACCUCGGUUAGAUUUUUACCAACAAUGCUACAAUGCGCCGUUUAUUUUCGUGAACAUUUUUUUUUUUUUUUGGCUGAAGGAUAAAAGUAAUGCGGAAGUAUUUCUAUAUCGUAUACCUUUUGAAAAAGCUAUUGUGCAAUGUGCGUUUAGAUGAGGCGAAGAACGUGAAACGUCAAGUAAGUUUUUGUUGUGAAUUUACGAAUCUAAUAUCAUGAAUUAACUAAAUUCAUUUCCACAGCGCAUUGUGUAGUCGCUUUAAACUUCUAACAAGUAAUGACACAUUAAAGUAUAGGGUUCAUGUUAUUGUCAACCACCAGUGCGUGAUUUUAAUACAUCGAAAUGGUUUAUAAACAAUUUCUUAAACAGUUUGAAAGAUGCGGUUGACAGACGACAAAUUUUGUGGUUGAGAAAAUAUAGGAAAGUAAGAUAAUGUAAUUUCAUUACUAAUUGUCAGCAGGCUGGUUUGGGAAAAGAUGAGCAACAUGACUUUAAAUCAACAUUAAAACAAUGAAUUAUGAUAAUUAAAUGCGUUGGUGUUAGAGUAUUGGAUGUAUAAGAUUCAGUUUGAAAGUGGACAGCAAACAGUCUCAACUUUCUAUUGUUAAGUCUCGAAUUUCUGUUGUUACCAUGGAUAUUAACAAGGUUGUUUUACUAAGUGUCGUCUGCGUUGCAGUAACUCAUAUUCAAGGUACACUGGGUUUUUGCAAUACAACGGAAACACCAUCCAUAAAUAUGUGUCAGACUGGCACACAUUCAGUGGGACCCGGCAGCUAUAUAUAUCUUGAUUCCGCAGGAGGUGCGCCCAGUUUUACCAAGGUUGAGUGUAAUUGUACACUGAGCUUCUCCGGUUCGGGAACUCUUAAAAUUGCAUACAGGUCAGAUCAAAACUUAACGGACGACUGUGGACUAGUAAACUACACAAUAGUUGAUAGAACCUGGGGCUGCAACAGUAGGAGACUCUCAACUACGCACAAAGGCAGCAACAACCUAACCUACAUUAAAGCAUUCGACAAUGUAGCCAACUGGCAGUCCUGUCUUGGAUUAAUGUCUCCCAGUCACACCAUAAGCGUACAGUGUUAUCCAUUCCGGAUUUACUACGCACCCGACGAAGUUGUGAAUGGUCAGUUCGGUGACUGGUCAAAUUCGUCUGGAUGCUCUAUGUCAUGUGGAACAGGGACUCAAACUUGGGUUAGGAGGUGUGAUGACCCAGCCCCAAGGAACAACGGGACUGAAUGUCUAGCACAAAAUGGAACAAGAACAUUAAUAGAGACCGAAGUCAGACAAUGCACCUUAGCUAACUGUCCGGUAAACGGUGAGUGGGGUCAGUGGCUGACCACGUCCCCUUGUUCUACAACGUGUGGUAAUGGUACUGAGAUUCAGACCCGAUCCUGUGAUUCCCCAGCUCCACAGAAUGGAGGUACGGCAUGCCUCGCAACGAAUGGAGAGACUGUGCUGAUCGAGACUCGUACAGUACCCUGUUUCAUUACCGCAUGUCCAGUAAAUGGUGGGUGGGGUUCAUGGUCAAAUACGUCCCCUUGUUCAGCAACGUGCGGUAAUGGUACUAGGACUCAAACCCGAAGUUGUGAUUCUCCUUCACCACAGAAUGGUGGCAAUGCUUGCCUCGCAACCGAUGGAACGAGUGUUUUAGAAGAAACUCAAACUAUACCCUGCUUCGAAACUGCGUGUCCAGUGGAUGGCGGGUAUACAGACUGGUCUGCAUGGACGGCAUGCACGAAGACCUGCGGCGGAGGAAGUCGGGGACGCUCUCGGACCUGCACGAAUCCUACGCCACAAAAUGACGGACUACCUUGUAAUGGUAGCUCGAGUCAGACCGAGGACUGUAACACGAAUACUUGUCCAGUGGACGGUGGCUGGAGCUUGUGGUCGGAUUGGGAUACUUGUUCAAAAUCUUGUGGUGGAGGCGGUUAUCAAAGUAGAAACAGAACGUGCAAUAACCCUUUUCCUCUAUUCGGAGGUCUAGAAUGUGUUGGAGACUCAAUUGACAUUCAAGCAUGUGGAAAUACGAAUUGCCCAAUAAAUGGUGGCUGGGGAUAUUGGCAGGCAUGGUCUCAAUGCUCAGAGACUUGUGGAUCUGGCAUCCAAACAAGAUACAGAUAUUGUGACAAUCCUAAUCCACAGUACGGCGGCAAUAGUUGCUUCGGAAAUUAUAAUGAAACACAAAAUUGCGAUGGAUAUAACUGCCCUGUUAAUGGUCAGUGGGGAGAUUGGUCUUCAUGGACUACUUGUUCUGUGAGUUGUGCUUCUGGAACACAUUCCAGGUAUAGAGAUUGUAACUCUCCAGUUCCUCAAAAUGGAGGACACUAUUGUAAUGGUAAUAAUUUUGAAAAUAAAACAUGUACGAAUGAACCAUGUCCAAUAAACGGCAACUGGGGACCAUGGUCGCCUUUUGGUUCAUGUUCAAGUUCUUGCGGAAGUGGUAGGGUGUCCAGAAUAAGGCUAUGUAACUCUCCAGCGCCUGGAUAUGGCGGACAGUUUUGUCCUGGUAGCAGUUCUGAAAUUUCAACAUGUCAUCAAGGAGAUUGCCCAGUCAACGGCAACUGGGGCCUGUGGUCUCCUUGGAGCAUUUGUGUAAUCACGUGUGGAUCUGGUAUCAUAUCAAGAAUAAGAGCAUGUAACAACCCUUCACCAAGUCCUGAAGGGGCUGAAUGCCCCGGCGAAUCUACUGAGGAUAAAAGCUGUGACAAGGACCCAUGUCCUAUUGACGGAGGUGUCGGUCAUUGGUCUCCUUGGAGCAUGUGUACUGCUAGUUGUGACAUAGGUGAAAGGUCAAGGUUAAGAUUUUGCGAUAGUCCUGCACCUCAAUACGGAGGAAACAACUGUUCUAAACUAUUGUCACAAACGGAUGUAUGUAAUAUAACAAGCUGUCCCGGCACGGGUACUUCACAAUCAAGCGGAAUUUCAACGCCAACAUCAACGUCAACAACGUCAACACCGUCUUCCACACCGACAGCUUCAGCGACAGAGCCGCCGGAAACCGGUGCAAUCAGAGAUAAAGAUGAAAAAUCAAAUAUCUGGGCCAUCGUCGGCGGUGUAAUUGGUGGUUUGUUGUUCCUGCUUCUUCUGCUACUUCUCAUUAUUUGUCUGUGCAGGAGAAGAAGGAGAAAGGAGGUAGACGAAAAACGUAGACCGUCAACUGGUCCGAGAUCCAUUAGGUACUUGUCGCACGGUGAUGACGUUACAGUUACCGAAAAUGAACUGUACCAUUACGACGGCGAGACUCCAAGUCACGCGACAAAUGCUUUGUUUGUGGGAGGCAUCCCUGAGACACCGAAUAGCCCGAAUUAUAUCCCCCAUUUCUCCACAGGCACCGGUGACUCAUACGCUGUUAUCGUGGAUUCCAACCGAAAAAAACCGAAAUCCAAAGAAAGGCCAAAAUUAGACACAUUCAAUUCACAAGAGGACAAAGGUAAUACUGAGGCUAAUGGCGAUGUCCGCGCUUCAGCUGAUACAGUCAAACUUGCCGACAAUUAUAAUGAAGAUAACCUUGGCAGAGGAGUUGAAAACCCUGGCUACGAUGAUAAUUAUAUAGCUCCGUAUGAUUCCGCGGAGGGUGAAACGAAACCAAAAACUAGCACUUCUUCACCGUCUCCGUACGAUUACAUUGACAAUGCGAAACUCCAAAGAGAUGACGAAGACUAUGAAAACGAAAAGUUGGCCGGAGAUUAUGCCACACUUCCUGACGAUACUGAGCAGAAUGUUGCUGAUGACACAGAAGAAAGUGAUAGAUACAAGCGGUUUAUAAGCAGUGAACCAGAAGAAUCGCCUGAUGAUGACGGAUAUAUGAAAUCCCCUAAACGUGACAAAACUUUUGAGUUUCCAGAUACAAAUUAGAUUACGCAUAUGUUCAGUAACGCUUUGCAUUUAUAACAUAAAGUGUAGACAAAAAGUCAUCAAUUUCAUCCAUCCGUCGUACACCUUUUUCAUUUUCUCGCUUAAUUGUGCGCAUAAAAUUUGAUAUGUAUAUACACUGAUUGCUCUUCCA